UGCAUAAUGUUUCAGAAACAAAUUUGUUUCAUAUGUAAAAUUUGAUCUAUAAAUAACUAUAGCUGUCAGAUAAGAUAUUUGCAAUGACUCGUCAUACUCGUCAAGAACUACCUGCUCUUAUUACACUACAUGCAUUCUGUAUGUAUUAACUACAUUUUUCCGUGCACUAAUGUUGACAGCAUACAGUAUAUUGUGUACUUGCAGCUAAAAAUGCAUUUUUAAUGACAUUAUUUAAUAAUCUGUUGCAGUUUUGCGUGUAUCCACAUCGUAGGGCACAGGGCAUGAUUUGUUUGUUUGUUGUUUUUCCAUUAUGGGUUGUCUUGCCGCUGCUGUUUAUCAGCAACAAGGCCUCUCUGGUUGCUAAGGUGGGCCUGAGGCUCCCUGGCAGCCGAGAGCACCUUGGGGCCCCAGAGCCUGGUGCUCUGUGACGCGUUGGGAAUUCCCCCGAGUCUUCAUCUCCUACCAGCACCCUGCAGGAUGGGAUGCAAACAGGGACGUAAAGGAGAGUGAACCCAGUCACUCAGCUCCCAGCUAUUUUUAUUUACUCAACAUUUUAUCCACAUUUUAGACUGACAAAAGUAUUUAUAAGGGAAAUAUAUAUUGUAGAAUAAUAAUUAUGUUUAUUUAUGGAGACAUUUUAAGAGGAAACAAGCACAAAUUGGUAUUUUUUUUAAGUAAAAUGGUGAUUUUUGCCUUAUUAUGAUCACCAGCUGCAGAUCUUUUUCCAUUUCCUUUACCACUUUAUUUCUGACCUGAACUCAAUGCAACAAUCCUGACAAUGCCACAUAUUUGAUUCAUGCAGGCUAUAUUUUUCUGUUAGUUGCAGAGUGUGUUACUUACAAUAAUAACGCGCAAUCUGACCAGGCAAAAUAUCUGGUUAUGUAAACUUCCUGAACAAAUAGCUAAGGAAGUGUCAGACAGGAUCGCCAUUUGCUCUCCUGUGACUGCCUGUGACUGUUUUUACACCUUCCUUCUAAAUAAGGCAGCAGGCUGCCAAGACAUAUGACCACUGUCCCGAUUUGGGUUCUGGACACAGUAUCCAUCCAUCCAUCCCAUGAUUGCUCAAUGCCAAUGAAAGUCUCACACACACACACACACACACACACACACACACACACACUCCCUCCCCUCCUGCAGGUCUCCCAUGUGAGGAAGAGCUGCAUCAGGCCAGCCACAAUUAGCCAGAGGAAGACUGAAAAAAUAGGUUAUAUUACCUUCAAAAUAAAAGCACAAAAUAUCACAAUUUGGGGAGAAUUUCAGAUGUUAUGAUAAUUCAUAAACUAUAACUGAUCAUGUAAAUGCCCAAUGUAAUGUGAAAGUGACAUUUAGGAUAAGUUUUCAAUUGCUGUUAAGGUGUUUUUUUAAAUCUCAGUUACUAAAUUUAAAACUCAGGCCCGUCCUCAUCUGGAAUACAGUCUUCUUGUGUCUGUAAAAUGUUGAGAAGCUGUAUAAAAUGCCUGUCUGAAAAUCUUCAUUUGUCUUGUUUUGCCUGACCAACAGUCCCAAACUCAAAAAGAUUAAUUCUCAGAUUAUAUAAAACAGUGAAAAGCAGCAAACUCUCACAUUUGAAAGGCUUGAACCUGCAAAUCCCGCUGGAUCAAACACCUCAUUUGCUAAACCUUUAAGUAAAAUUGUGGACUACAGUCUAUACUAUAGUCUUUAUAGUUAGUAUCUAUUGGAUUUGGGUAGAGAUUUAAAGGCUCUGAAGUCAAAAUAGUGCUUGCUGUUACUUUUUUUGAUCCUCUUUGACUAAACCGUCAUGUGUAUGCAUUCGAGGACGCGUCCCCUGUCCUUGAAUACAGUCUUUAUAUUUACUGUUAAUGUCAGUUGUGCUCUCCCCACUUAUCUGUGUUUUAUUAUAAUUUAAGUGGCUCAGGGACACAGCAAGAUCAGUGUUCCUGUUUUUGUGACCUUAUUAUUCCAUUGCAUUCGUGUCACUAACUUCCGUUCUAAAUAUACAGAUGGGUGAUUCAUCAAACUAAAAACAAACAUGAAGUGCGUUAGUAAGGUAUCACAAAGCUGCCUGUGCAGCCCCAGUGCUUCUUUGCAAUGAGUGAAGUCUCAGUAGACCUUACUGGAGGUAUGAGCACCAGUUUUCCCUAUAAUACUCCCUCAUUUGGUGGCCCAUGACGUCUGAUUCACGUCAUUUUCAUGCUCAUCAAACCUUUCCGCGACUCCUCAUGCUUUGUAUGGGAGCCCUUCUUCUGUGUUUUUCCUCUAAUGUCGAGUUCAUUUAAUCGGGUUUUUAAGUUUUGGAAGACGAGGUGAUUCAGGGACUCACCGGAGUGAUAAUUGCAGCACAGUCGCACUGAAAAGGCUUUUAUUGUGGAAAAGUACCACAGGAAACGCUUCUUCUUACUCUGUCGGGCUUGUUUGACGCUGAUGUGAAGGUGCAGCACCCCCCAUCAUUCCUAUCAGAACUGCUGCUGCUGGGGUCCUGUAACUCUCUCUCUCCUCCUCCUCUUCCUCCUCCUCCUCCUCCCAUCUCCUACUUUUGAUGGGGGGGUGCAGCGGUGAAGUCACAGUGAUGUCAUUUUAGGAUGUGAGAGUCGGGCAAGGUGAGCUGGUUUUGCGGUGAGUGGUGUCCCCUCCACGGCCAGCGUUGCCUGUAAAGAGGCGCGGAGCGGCGAAAGAUGAUCAUCGCCACCGGCACCAAUUCAAGCUCCGACGCGCUCUGUCCCUCUCGUCCUGCUCAGAUCUCGGGCUAUGGGGCCUUGAUCUGCCUUGAUCCCAAAAUAAGCCUUUACCACCACCAUGCCAAAGGACAAAAAAUAAGAAGAGUUGCAUUUUUAGGGCAGGUAACUUUGACCACGUGCCCCAAAGGUAAACUGGAUGGCCAUUGCGCAAAGGUGCCUCUACAGUAUGUCCAGCGAGGCCAGGACGCACUGGACGCUGCCAGCAGUUUUUGUACUGUGGACUUCUCUCUUGGGGAUCGUUUCAUCUUAUCCGAUUCCGAGCAGGACUAAUGCGACUUUGCUGGAAAAGAAGUGGGAGACCCUCUUCUCCCGCUCCUACCUGGGUAUAACCGGGGGGAAAUCGGAGCUGAACUGGGAGAGUGACUAUUUGCAAGGCAUCAAAAGAGUGCGACGACUGUACUGCAACGUGGGCAUUGGGUUUCACCUGCAGGUGCUCCCGGAUGGCAGGAUAAGCGGUGCACACAAUGAGAACCAAUACAGUCUGAUAGAGAUCUCCGCCGUGGACCGAGGAGUGAUCAGCUUGUUCGGAGUGAGGAGUGAGCUGUUUGUCGCAAUGAACAGCAGGGGAAGGUUAUACGGAACGAGAGUCUUCGUGGAUGAGUGCAAGUUCAAGGAGACUUUGCUGCCCAACAACUACAACGCCUAUGAGUCUUUUGUUUACAAGGGCUUCUAUAUCGCCCUCAGCAAGCAUGGCCGCGUAAAGAGAGGCAACAAGGCCACCACCGCCAUGACCGUCACACAUUUCCUCCCGCGGCUAUGAGAGAAACUGGCAAUAACUCAGUAAUUUGCACAUGUGGAUGUUCUUCCAGGUAACAUAGAAAUGCAUAGUCAUGAUAUACACACCGAUGGACUGCGACAGAAAACACAAAUAUUUAUUCUGUUUAUAUAUAUGUAUAUUUGGAUAGCUAUCUUUGUAUAUGUACUGUGCUGCUUAUUGUUUUUAUGGACGGGGAGAGUUGAAGCCUUUGCCUGUCUCACUUUACCUUGGUGCUUGCUGUAACCGAACUACGUGUCACUUCCUUUUUUGAGAUGGGGGAUGAGCUGUAUCCUGUGCUUUUAAAGAGUGAAAUGAAUACUUUUUAUUACCUCAAAGAACCACUUUACUAGAUUAAGGGAUGCAUGGAGUUCUGCUCAAAUAUCUGCUAAGUUUAUCUUUUCUUUCGAACCUUUGAGCGCUUGACGGCUCCCCGCUCGAUUACCGAUGUCCGGCAGUGGGGGGGAAACUUAAAUGCACUACCUUUGCUGCACGAUUUAAAGGUGCCUUGGUGUUCCCACUUGUGGCCCCCUUAAACUUGCAUGUAAGAGACACCCGCUGGAGUCAGAAAUAGGGCUGACACUCCGGAGAGGGCCUCAGAGGGGGGUGGGGGGGUUUGACCAUCUCUGGUUUAUUUUCUUUUCUGUAAUUAGAUCGAUUAAGUAAUGUACAAUCUGUGGUCGAGACCAGAGAGCGGUCAGCCAUGGAGGCUGGCGCGAGGCCAUGAGUUUGACUGUGUGGCAUCGCCAGCGAAUGCACAGGGCGAAGGACUUAUCUAUCUGAGCAUGGAGAACAUUUUUGUUUGGACCUGGCUUGCGUCUGCACAAGAACGGGCAGAAACAUACGUGCAUUGUCACGGACGGAGCUCCUGCAGCGAAGCGGGUCGCCGUGUUUUCUGCUGAAAAUGAUGUCUACUGUCCGUGAGAGCCGACAAGAAACGAUGUAAAUAGUCGCAAAUGCAAAAGAAGAAUUCAGGAGCUUUUUUUUUAACGCUGCUUUGUCGCAGUUGCCUGAACGAGGCAAAAAGAGUUCAGGAUGCACAGUUUGCCAUCGAUGGUGGUGCCUAAAUGUUUUUGGUAAGAGCGUUCCCACUUGUUUUGUCUCUUCUGAUUUGUCGUCGUGCGUUUGCUGGAGUAUCUGGAGUUCUGGGCCAUUUCCCCCCGCUUGUCUGUGAGCUCUGCAGCAGCACUGCAGUGGCAGUGAGGUGUUGGAGCUGGAGGCUGAUGGUUUUCACUGUAAUUACUGAUGAGUCAAUUUGUUCAGUCGGUGGUCUGGAUGCACAUUAUAAGAAAUCAUUUCUGUUGAAUUUUAGCUUGAUUUGAUGAAUUUGAAGGCUAAAACACGGGCAUACGUUUCAUAUAUAGCGUGUAAUUAUUGGUAUGCAUGGUGGCAUGGUGUUUACAAAGCUAAAGAUGUACCAUGCUUUGUACACUCAUUGCUAUCAAGUGGACUACUAUGAAAUAUCUUGUUACAUAGUCCGAAGAUGUUUGUCUGCUUACAGCGUGCAUCUGGCGUCUGCAGCUGCUUAGCAGAAAACCUGAAUCUCGCUCCGCCAUCAGCCUCCAUCCGUUGUGGCGCUUUCGAGAGGAAGGAGGACUAUUUAAAUCCAGGAAGGACAUAUGCGAGGGAGCCGGCCCGCUGCCUUUGUUGUUCGUCAAACCCCCUGCAGGAAUGUGGAUCUGCCAGGAUGACAGGCUGCCUCCCACAUACCUGAAUGCCCCCCCCCCCCCCCCCCCACCCACCUCCUCCCUGAGCUCUGUCACCCCCAACCGCCCACCUCUGCCCGUCCCUUACCCCCCUCCCCUCACCCGCUACAGGCAGGGACCUUGGGAUUCCAGCUGUAACCCAGGAGCUUCCUCCUCUCCUUUCAGCCUUUUUUAGUUCAAGGUCAGAGUCACGGACCAGCCUUGGCCCCAACCCCAGCGGCCGGGGUGGUCGGCUAUAUGGGUCGUACUGUUUCCAUGAAAUAGGAAUUUGAAGCAUCUUUUUUGACACACUUUAUGCUUAAAGGCAUUAUAAUUUAUUGAAUGGAUGGGGGGUUGCUCUCCAGCUGAGUGGUAGCUCUCAUAGUUCCCUGCUUCACAAUCUGUAGCAUUUUCUUAAACAAUCCUACUUCUCCUCUUCUGAAUUUAGAGCUCCACCUCUUUAAAAUGCAGCUCCACAACAUGCUGUCCCCUCCCCUCUCCAAGUACUUGUGUUGGGAUGUAUCUGGGGAGGGGACAUCCGCAGAGUUAGUGCAGUGUGUGAGGAGCAGAGUCACGCAGAGCCUCACCUCUCCUGCUGCACUCCAGUCCCGCAGGACGGCAGCGCAGCCAUCCUCAGGACGUGUCCUCUGCCGCUGCCGCCGACGCCCCAGAACACCUUUCACCAAUACUGACACAGUAUCAGCUGCUGCUCAACUGUCCGUGCCGCACAGAUCGAAUCAGAACAGUGUUUUUCUCACAGAUCAACCUCUCACUUUUUGUUCCAAGGACUUUUUUUUUCUCUUUUUUUAUCGCAAAAUGCCGCACAGCAGAGCAAAUUUAUCGGGAGCUAAGCUCGAGCAAAAAAACUUGUUGCUGCUGUAGAUGAGGCUGCAUGAAAUACCACUGAUGUACAUGUCUUGUAGGGAGAAAAUAAUCGUAGUUUUUGGCUGAAGUAGCAAACGGAAUUCACGGUUUCAGCAUUUUUGGCUCAGGGGGGGCGUGGAAGUGAACUCGGAGCACGCACAGCAACGAGCACUCCUCGCGCCCGCCUCGCAGUCAAGAUGUGCGACGUCUCUCGCAGCACCUUAUUAACAGCAUCUUGAUUAUAAGCUAGUGUAAAGGCGGGAGUUUCCUCACAUCUUUCUGUCAAGGAAUAGAGCUGGAUCCCCAAAAGAGUGAAGGUCUGUGUCUAAAACAAAAAGCUCACCUUUCAGCUUUGACCAAAAAAUUUUAUCCAGAUUUAUCUGUCGUCUCUUUUUUUUCCAAAGCUUAUCAUAGUUCAAAUUUCAAUGAAUUCAAGGUGAGGAAUAUCUUUUUUUAUAAUGUUUAAUGUACUAUUAGCAUGCCUGAGCCCCAAGCUUAAUUAGGGGUGUGUGCUUCAUGGUUUUUUUUUUUGUUUUUUUGAGUGAGCCUCCACUCUAUUCCUCUCAUGUCUGUUCUCAUAUACCUCACCCUCUGCCUUAGUUUUGGUUUGCUGAUGACUGUAAAUUAAGAUGAAACAAACUUCAGUUAUUUGUUUCUGAAAACAGACAAUGCUAAGUAAGGAUAUUAAAGUUUUUUCCUUUUAUUUUUGUACGUAUGUGCUGUGCACAGCAGUCUACUGUAUUCCUGAUAUAACAAUAAAAGUUUUUUUUUUUAACUGGU